CCGGCCCACGGACUCAUCCGCAUGUGACGGCAUGUUUUCACCUCGUUAAUCGGAUCUUUCAUGACAUUAAACCCUUGCUGCUGUUUGGAUUGUGACCCGAUUGACAUCUAUCUGUGUCCUUGCCUGCAUUUCCACCGUGGAUCUCCAUAGAAUGGCCCGGAUUGACAAUGUCACGCAAGCGGCGCAACACUUCCUCUCCCGAAGCUGACGAUUUACCUUUGCCGAAGCGACCCAACAGAGACGCGAGCUAUGAUGAUAGCGAAUACUCAGACGAGGAAGAGAGCAAGGAGGCUCCCCGUGUCAGCGAACACUCUGGACAAACAAGCGCAUUUCCUGGUCUAGAUGGUGACAGCGACGAGCUCUUCUAUGGCCCAGCUGCUGAUGGAAUUGACUAUCUGCGUAUGGUCCGAUCUGAAGCCAAAGGCGUCCCUCAUAUCUUAACAGCACCCGACCUACGGACGGAGAGGAGACACCCGGGCCAGACAGAAGAAGGAGGCUACUUUCAUGACGGCGCAUAUACUGCCAUUGCGAAGAGUCCAACCAACCCUGCGGAGUCCCUUCCUCUAGCGCAGCAGCAUUUCUACGAUUCCCUACUUACACGGUUCCGACUCGUUCAAGCCUCGAUGCGCUGCACCCCUCCGUUGUCCAGCAUAGAAAGUCUCAAUCCGGCACAGUUUAUAUCGUUUCCAGAAGCAUCGCGGAAAGUACGCGCGCAGUGGGAAGCCCACAUGUUGUCUAGUGACCCUCACCCUGUCCAAAUCGCCUGCAUGGAUCCGGAAACAGUAUUGGAACUGGUGAAAUUUCUCAGAAUGAGAUUGAACACGUUAAUGCAGAACAACUCCGCUGCGGCUCGGGUCGGGACUUGGGUGUGGGCUAUUCUGGGCCGAUGUAGAGAUCGUGGGGAGCUGUCGAGCGAGGAAAUCAGUGAACUUCGAGGCCUGGCGCAAAGAGCAGUGCUUUUGUUGCAGAAGCAGAAUGCAAGGAGCAACGGUCGCAUUUCAGAGAGAAAUCUGGCAUGGGAAGGGCCAAGCGAAGAGAGCGAUGUCGAUGAGUUCGAUACUGGAGCUGACGAGGAGCGUAUCAAGGAAAAGCUGGGGGGUCUGAACGAGGCGCCGGUCAACAACAAGCUGGUGGCUGUGACUCUUGACAUGAUUGUCACUGUGGUGGGUGAGGUAUAUGGUCAGCGGGAUCUGCUCGAGUUGCGGACCAAAUGGAGCGUCGAUGGAAGUGCAACGUGAUUUGGAAGAAGUCGAGAUUUCAACCCAGUAAUGUGUUCUUUCAAUCACAGCUGGUGCGGUUCCAGCUUUGUCUCACACAAACACGAGCGGACCAGUUUAUUUCCAGUCGAGAUCGAAAUCCUCUUUUUCUUGGAGUCUCCCGUUUUCCUGCCGGCAGCCGCAUGAAAGUCACUGCCUCACUGCUUUACUGUUACACAACUGCGCAUCAGAGAUUCACACCAUGUUUGCACCGUGUGAACUACAUAACAUCUUCCUCCUCAUCCUC